AUGGAGUAUAAUAAUGUGAAUUGGGCGAUAGGAAAUCAGAGACAAAUGCGCGCCAAAACUUAUGCCAAUCUUGGAAACUUUUUAUUGCAAGAAGCCGCUAGAAAAGGCUUGGGGGUUUCGGGGCAGCAGUCGGUCGGUAAAAUCGUCGUUUCACCGCCCACCAUUCCAGGGUCUCAUAGGUACUAUUAUAAUGGGUACAUGGAUUGCAUGGCCCUUUGCGAGAAAUUGAGAAGGCCUCCAACCUAUUUGUUGACUUUUACUGCAAAUCGGCAGUGGGCGGAAAAUACCGAGGAACUCCAACGGCUCGGUAAAGGUACUGAUGAUGUUGGCAAUUUUUCUGAUAUUGUGUGUAGGAUUUUCGAGCAGAAGUUGGACAGUCUGAUGCCAGACUUGCUGCAACGGCAAAUUCUUGGAAAAGUCGAGGCUUACGUGGUGAGAAUUGAGUUUCAGAAGCGCGGUGCUCCUCACGUACACAUUCUUCUCUAUGUGACAGAACAGGACGUUUCCGAUUCGGUUGAGGAUUUGGUUAGGGUGAUUUGGGCCCGUUGCCCCGUGCAAUCUGAUGGCGCUGGAUAUGGAAGGUUGCGAGAUUUAGUGGCCAAGUUUAUGAUACACAAUAUGUGUAAUGUACUCGUGUCUGACUUGUCCGAAGCCGAUCGUAUCCGGAAUGAUCUGGAAGAUGUCGACAAUUUAAUGCAGCCUGGUGAAAAUCAGCAUGAGCAGCUCUCUUGUGAAGACGAUCCCGCCGAUGACAUUUCUCAAACGUCACGGCCGUCGCUGGAGGAGCUGCGAUCUACAUGCAAAAUUCCAUCAAGUACAGCACUUAGUAUCAAUUUUAUUGCAAUAAUAACAAAUAUUUUAUCAUAAAGGUAUUAUUUAAAUAAUUGAGUAUGACUAAACAAUACAGCC